CACACACACACACGUAAAACGUUCCGGAAAGUUGAAGAGGUAAAAUUUUGUGUUACCUAAAAAAUUGGGAAAAUUGUGAAUUUCACCUGAAAGUGUGCUGGGCCAUCUAUUGUGGUGGAAAAAGCCAUCAAGGUCCAUCAGGAGGACUCUCAGGGGUUAGAAAAAAUACACUCGAGUUGCAAAAAAGCAGUCCCGGAAGGAAAUGUCCGCAGCCAAAACGGAACUUAAACCCUUCGGGGAGGAUGAGUAUGGACGGAAGAUUGAUCGGUGCCUCACAGAUGUCCUAGUCAAGUCAGCUGGUGGAUUGGCACUAGGAGCCGUAUUUUCCCUGCUCUUCUUCAAACGGAGGCGCUGGCCCCUGGUCUUGGGCACGGGCUUCGGUACCGGCGUGGCGUACACACGAUGUGAGAAAGAUUUAAAUUCCUAGAGCGCCUCCCACGUCCUGACCACGCAUAGUUUUCCUCUUUUUUUGUGAAUUCGAUCCGCGCGACCGGUGAGAAAAAGUUCUUAAGAAAAUUAAAAAAAUAAUAAAGAGCAUGCAAAAAUCAAGCUCAGAAUGAAAGCGAA